AUGGGUCAGUCUUUUGAUAGAUGGGUGGAAUGCCCUCCCAGCAAUUUCCUACAAACUGCGCCAGUAUGGCUCAGGAUUUCUAAUAUCCCAGUUAACUAUUUCACAAUUAAAACUAUUGAUGCGGUAGCUGGGGCCAUUGGUUAUUGGAAAGAGAUUGAAUGGGACCCUGAGAAACCUCUAUUACAGAACUAUGUUAGAGUUCAAGUAGUGUUAGACCUCAACCUCCCAGUGCGUGAGAAGAAGAGCUUAACACUACCAAAAGGAGGUGGCACUGCUAUGAUAGACGUGGAGUACGAGAGGAUCAGGAAAAAGUGCUUUUACUGCUUCAGACUAUCACAUGAGAAACAAGCGUGUCCUGUUCUUAAAGGCACAUGA